GCAUGAAAACAGAUGAAGUGUUCGGAGAUGACAUCUUGCCUUGCCUCACCCUGGAACUAACUUAACUGAGCGCUGACCGAGUGGCUUUAUAACUUGCUGCCAACUCUGGUCCUGUCGCAACUCACAGCCUCUAAUUUUUACCAAAGUUCAAACUACCAGAAGCAAGAGAAGCUCGGCAGGAGUCACGAGUGUAAAAAUCUGGGACUGACCGGCAAGUCGGGAGAAGGAACGGGUGCUGUGUAGUUGCUGUGGCUGUGGCAGGACAACACACAGACAAGCGGAAUUGCGCAUCAAACUACAUCACGAUGCUCCAUUCUAACUCGAACACGACAUACACUACCACUGAGUCACCAGAGAGCUCAACGAGGGUCAGGAGACUCCGGUUGACUCUCCGCCCUGAAGGGAGCUCAGCUUCUGCACCGCACGAACCCAAAAGGAACGGGACAACUGAAACGGGAGAGUGCAGAAUUGCGGGAAAUGAAAGAAGACAUAAUGUAUAUUUCAGUUCGGAACAAAACAGUGCAGAACGUGCAGAACAACCCCGACUACUGGUAUGGUGCCUGCAACAUACGAGGCACCUUUCCAAUGGUUUGGCUGCAUCACCUCGCGGUAAGGUGUAUGGGCUGGUAAAGCGGACUGACCCCAAUAACUCGGAAGUGCUUGUUUAUGAGUGGUCGGUCAAUCAGCUGAAAGAGGAAAUGAAGUACAUUAAGGAGGUGAGAACUUCACUGGAGACCGUCCGACAGAAAAUCUUCAGUGACUCUAAUGAAAUGAACCAUAGAAUAAAAUACCUCACAAAAGAAAUGAAGGUUUCAAAGGCACACAAGCAGGCUCUGGAGGGUGAACUACGGAACCAAUCUGCAGUACUCGACCAGUACACCCAGGUGAACAGCACUCUGGCAACCAAGACACUUGAUUUACAGAAAUCCCUGUUGAGUGCAACCCUCGAAGGCAACAAGAGCAGAGAGGAAAUAGAAAAUCUCAGAGCAUCGUACCGCCAGUCACUGGACCAAAUCAAAGAGAAGGACCAGUACUUACAAGAAGCCCAAGCUGAAAAUCAGAUCCUGCAACUCAAGGUAGAAUCUUCCCAGGAAGCCAAUGCCAGCGUGAUGAGAGACAUGACGAGGAAGCUUUACGACCAGUAUGAAGCUAAGAUGAAGGAAGUUGAGCAGAAACACCAGGCUGAAAAGGAAACUAUCCAAGCCAGGAUAAACCAAACUUUGCAAAAACUGGAAGAUGUCACCAAGAGGGCUGAGGAAGCAGAGAUGAUGCUCAAAGAGAGGGACCAGAAGAUUGAGGAAAUGGACCAGUUUAUUGUCCGAAUGGAGAAGGAGCGGCACUUCUUACGGCAGAGGUUGCAGGAACAAGAACAGCAACUUCAUGACCAGCAACUUCAACAAAGAGAUGAACUCGAUUCUAAGCUCAGUGAAAGGUCUCAGAGAUUGGAGGAGGAAACUGCCAGUCUGCGGGAAAGAAUUCGACACCUGGACAAUAUGGUGCAUUGUCAGCAGAAGAAAGUCAAGCACAUGAUUGAAGAGUCUCAAUCUCUGAAGAAACAAAUUCGAGAGAAAGAUGUGUUGAUUGAUGAAUUAAUGGACAGGAUUUCAUUGUUGGAGGCUGAGAAUAAUGAACUGCAGGACAACUUGGCCUAUCUGAAGUCACUCAGUCAACAGCAAGCAGAGAAAAUCAGGGAACAAGCAGUGUCCUAUGAUUUCCCAACCAGCCAGACUUCAGAAACAAGACGGAUAAAGAUAACCAGCCCCUACCUGAAACUGAUGGAACUAUCCAUGCACAGACCGUCCCGUCGGCGGCUUCGUGCGGCUCUCACCCGGGAGACCAUGUCCUCGGAGCGGCAGGGCUUCCUCGGAGACCUGCACAGGAAAGACAAGGCCGAGCUGCUGGAGCUUCUGCGGCGCCAGAACAAACUUCUGGAGAAUAAGUCAUUAAUCCAGACUCUUCCAGACAAGGGUAAACGAAUCAUUGAAUCGGCAGAAAAAUUGGAGUCCUUAAUUGCUCGUCAUGAAGAACUAGAGAGAAAACGAGAGCUGCUUUCAGCAGUUAAAGUGGAGUUCCAGAAGAGAAGUGAGGAGAGAAGCUCUGACAGGGAAGAUGUUCUCAGUAAUAAGAAUGUUAUUUUUGAGUUUCAAAACAAUGCAGCUUCAAUUCCAACAAAAGGAAAAGACAUUGGAAAACAAUGUGAGGUUUCUGAUGAACCCAUAGAGGAUCAGCCGGUUUUGUCAAUGAUUUAUUGUGAUGAAGGAGAAAGCUCACAAUGCAGCUUCCAGGAUAGAGAACUGAGCUCUGAAACAAAAGAAGAACAAGCAAAUUGUUCAGGGAUCUCUGUACCAAAGAGUACUUCAAAAGCUGAGAACUCCAUCCAUCCUGUGGUGGAUAAUCAACAUGCAGGUACAAAGCAGGAUCAAACCUAUGAGACCUUGCAGAACAGUAAAGCGGAUGAUCCAGAAGUGAUUCUGACCAGCAAGUCUGAUGACUUGCUUAGUGAUAAACUUGGCAGGGUCACUCUCUCAGAUACUGAGCUAGAGAGCUUUGAUUCAAAAAUACACAAGGAACCAGCUGUAAGCGGUGAUUCAAUGUUAGAAGACAAUCCCUUCAAAACUCUGCAUAACCAAUCAAAAAUAAAUCCUCACUAUAUCAAUGUACUGGAGGAAAGAGCCAAGAACCCAGUGGCUAAACGAUCACCCUUUAAACCUAAUCGGCUAUCUGAAUCACCUGGCUCAUCUCCAAGCCAGUCACCUGGAAGACCCGAGUCAAAUCUCUCUCCAUCCGAGCGAAGGCUAAGAGAUCAGAAACACCUUGAUUAUAUCACAGCUGCUCGGCUGCCUCCACUUCACUAUUCUUCAGCUCAGUUGUUGUCCUUGGAGGAAUCGAGAGAACUGCAAAUAUCACAACAAAAAAUCUAUGAGGCAUUACAAGCCAAACUGGCAGCAGAGAAACUGGCAGAAAAAGUAGGAGUCAAAGCAGUGAGCUUUAACCUAGAAGGCAAAUCUGCUGUAACAUUUCGAGAAUACAGAGAUCAGGGAGACAGCAGUUCUUCAGAGGAAGAUUGAUUUGAGAUUUGUCCAUCCACUUGGGGAGAAAUUGACAACUUAUUUGCCAUAAUAAGACAUCAACUUGGAAAACAUGUUUACCUUUGUACCAGAUGAACCUAUCUAUGCAAUAGCUGUUUUAGCAGCAGUUAUUCCAAUUGAUUUGAUCAAGGUUUUCAUAUUGCACCACUUUAGAGCAGCUGUUGUUCAUUUUUCUUUUUUUUAUUGUUUUCAUUGAAUUGUGUGUUAAAUGCAUUUCUUUUUGUAAGAGGUGACUGAUCAUGUAACUCAAAUGGAUUCAUCAGCAUGAACUACUAUUCAAAACAUGUGGUAAAAGGUAUUAAGUAUGUUUUCAUGCAAAUGGAAGAUGGUCUCAGCUAGCUCCUUUUUGCUGCUGCUGCACAUUUUGUUGAAAGGUUUUUUUUCCCUCUGAAUGUUCCAACAGGGUAAGGUUUAAAAAUACAGUUGUUGAAACCAGGGAUCAGUUUUAUACAGCUUAUGUCUGGAACUCGAGAUUUUUUAACUUAAAUUAUAUGAGAGAUCUGUGUUUGAAUAUUAAACAAUGAAGUAACAAAAGCUAAGGCAAUUAUUAUUAAUGACUGAAUGGUGAAACCACCCAAAACCUGUGCUAUCUUGUCCUUCUGCUUUGAUGAAACAAGUUUUUUUUCCCCUGGGUUUACUUCAUUCACUCUAUUUAGAAUCUAGUGUACAUCUAAUAUCGCUUCUUCAAGGAUGAAGAGUUCGGUCUUAUCCAGCUAUUGCUUGUAGUUUAUAUCUCUAACAUAUACCCUACAUUCAUCUUAAUCGCUCUACACUGGUUUUAGAACUGGAGUAGCCUUUUUAUAUGUUGUGGCAACCAAGCUGCACAUACAGCCUGAUCAGAGUUUGAUCAUGACUUCUGGAAUUUGAACUCAGUUGAUUUGGCAAUUUAGCCCAGCACCUCGGUAACUUGGAGCACAGCCUGAAAGAUUAAUCAUUCAAUUAUUUGCCGCUAUGACCCGAUUUAUCAGAGUAAUGACAAAGCAACUCUGAUUAUGAGGUAUCUAGGAGAAUACAUCUUGUGACAUUCAGUUAUAAAUACAACUCCGUUACACAGAGACAUUUCCUAAGUUGUUGAAUACGGCACGGCAGGGAUGCAGGAGGAAUCCAAACCCCAGUAUGUAUCCUACGUUUUUGUUUUAAUUAAAUACACCCUUAAUAGUAAUAACCUUUCAAAUGUAAUAAUUCAAAAUAUAUAUAUUUAACUCAACUUAUAAUAUAUGCGUUGAGCAUUUUUGCUGGAACUCAAUCUCUGGAUAACUCGAGUGCCAGAAAGGAACAAAUAGUGAACACAUCUGUUUUCCAUGUGCGCAGCAAUAUUUAUGAACCCUUUAAAUAUCUUUGUAGGUACAGUUCAUUAAAUGAAAAGAUUAUCAAUCCACUGUGACAGUUAUGUGGUUCUGUUUUUUCAGAGCUGUUCCCUGCCCCAUGAUUAGCAUAUUUCAAUACUCUCACCCUUAUUCACUGACUUCCUUUCAGCUUUCAUUUCGACAUUGGUUAGGAAAAAUGUCAUUCAAACUAGUUGUUGCAGUUGAAUCCCCAUAAACUGAUAACCAACUUGCCAAAGAAUUUU